UUGAUUCAAAUGCAGGUAGCAGAGCUACACGCAAGCCAUUGAGUGGACAGUGCUUAGUGUCAGAGGCAGCAAACAUGGUGAAAAAUCUUUUUAAAAUCCUGGCGCUUUUUGUUUUCCUCAGAGUGGCGUACGUUGUUUUGCUUCUUUUCCACAGCAAAGGCAGCACUGUAAUUUAUUCUACAGAGCCACAACUGAUGAAAAAUGAAAAUGACACACUUUUCCAGUGGAUAAAUGAUCUCAUCCAGCUGAAGACAGAAGGUCCAAAUGAAGUCCAAGAAGGGACACAGAUGCCACCUACUACAAAUACUACGAAUACUACGACCACUACGACUUUGGGACCCUGCCCCGACACCCCUCCAAAUCUUGUGGGUCCAAUCCAUGUGGAGUUUGAUUCUACACGAACUUUGGAUGAGGUGAGAAAGGAGGUCGGAUCUCCUCUUCAGUUAGGAGGACGGCACAAACCAACAGACUGUAUUGCCCAACAGAAGGUGGUGAUCAUCAUCCCAUUCAGAAAUCGGCAUGAGCACCUUAAGCACUGGCUGUAUUACCUCCAUCCUAUUUUGAUUCGACAGCAGUUGGACUACAGAGUGUAUGUCAUCAACCAGGAUGGAGAGGAAAUAUUCAACAAGGCUAAACUGAUGAACGCAGGCUUUGUCGAAGCACUGAAGGAAUAUGAUUUUGAGUGCUUUGUCUUCUCUGACGUAGAUCUGGUUCCUAUGGAUGACCGUAACCUCUACAGAUGUUUUGACAGCCCCCGACACUUGGCUGUGGCUGUAGAUAAAUUCAACUUUGAGUUACCCUAUUCAACCAUCUUUGGUGGGGUUAUUACAUUGUCCAAGGAGCAGUUCUUGAAGGUUAACGGCUUCUCGAACUCUUACUGGGGCUGGGGUGGUGAGGACGACGAUAUGUAUAAGCGAAUUUACCACCAUAGAAUGUCCAUUUCUCGACCUGACUUGGUGACAGGAAAGUACAGGAUGAUCAAACAUGAGAGAGACCUGCACAACAAACCUAAUCCAAGGAAUCCUGACAAACUAAGCAGAACUCAUGUGACCAUGAAUGAAGAUGGGAUUAAUUCCUUAAAGUACACAGUCAAGGAGAUUGUGAAGGAUAAACUGUACACGUAUAUUACUGUGGAUGUUGGGGUUCCACCAAGCUGAAUGAGGACAGAACCUGUGGAUCUGCUGGAUUGAUUCACUGGUGUCACAGUGUCAGACUGAAACAAAAGACGGUGGAACUGGUGUGAUUUUAUGUUUUUAAAAUCUCUGAAAAUCUACUUUGUUAAGACUAAUGCAAACCUUUGUGUGUGUAAAUGUCAACUAAAGUAAAUGUAAACUAUAUGAAUAUGAAGUACAGAGUUUCUUUCAGUCCUUGAAUGACAAUUGUUACUUCCAAAAUCGAGCAUGAAAUACUCUAUACAGUGAUCUCUCAUUGCUUCACACAUGAUUCAAUAAGCACAAUUACCUUUAAAUGAACACGUGAUGCAUCAAGCUACACUGAUGGAUUCAGACGUAACAACAGCUCAUGAAGAUGGAAAGAUGUGGUUUGGACAGGAGGAUAUAAGAGACAUCCUCAGGAUUGUUAAAUCCAGCUGAUUUGCAUGUAUUGGAAGGACAUUGAUCACAUGUGGAGUGGAUGACACCAGACGACAGCGUUUGGCUGGCCAGUGAGGUGAAAAGGGGGUUUUAUAUUUUGUCUCUCAUUUAUACAUGCCUCUAUUGUCAUCAAGACAUUGUAUUGACUGUAUUGGUGUUUACUUUUCCUUUUUGAGGAAGGGUUUACUGCUUUAAGUUAUUUAUGGUAAUUUUGAAGUUAGACAGUGUUCUGCAGAACUGAUGUGAUGAUUGUACCUUUGCUUUGUGAGCUGUAACAGUGGGCUGCAAAAAUCAGUUUAAUUCUUUUGAGUUAUUGAUUUGAUUUCUGCACUGAGUACUUUUACUUUCAAUGCUUAAAUGCAUCUCCUGACUGUACUUACAUUUACAGUGCAGUCUUGGUUCUGAAUACUUCCUCCACGUCUGCUGCUGAUAUGGCAAACGUACCAUUGCUGGGUUUUAUUUUCUUGUACCACCUGUACUGACGUUUUGGAAACUCACAUGUUCACUUUGUUUAACAGAAUGUAGAUAUCACGACUGCAGAACUUCAUCUUCUUCUUCCUUUUUUUGGUGGCACCUCUCCAAUUCUUUGGCAGGUGCCAGAGUCUCUGCACACAGCACAACAACUGCCCUCAUAAAAUGUUUAGGGGGAGAUACUGAUGCUAAUAGGUGACUUAUGAUAAGUAAUCAUCAUUCAGUACACCUGAGUAAGAGCAAUAAGGUCUGGUGCAUCUGGAGUUGACAGUCUCUCUUUCUCUUUUCAGAGAAAAUAUAAGAGACACCUUAGAGAAAGUGUUUUAGAAAACUGAGAGGACCUGUAGUAGAAUGUACAGCCUCUAUGGUUCAGCCCAUGACCAACAAAAAUAAAUUAGAUUUAUGGUGUAAACCCUGUGAAUGAGUUAGGAAUUACUUUAAUUUGUGCAUUUGCUCGUGAAAUCACGAUUGCAAAUUGGAACAUCACUAACAAACAUUAUUUACCAUACCACCUCUUUAUAGUUAGCAGAUCUAGUUGCCUUCUUUACUGGUACAAAAACAUUGGCAAACCAGAACUCCCAGAACUGUCGCCAUCCUCCUGCCCUAUUGUCGUGUUGCCGGCUCCAUGCUCAACCCUCCAUGUGUCCGACCUACAGCCAGGUAGUUUUUCACUGGCUGCCUUUCCUGACCUUCAGUCCCCAAACUGUCUUCAUGGCUGUGUUUGAGAGGGCCCUUGUCUCUGGCCAUGCUCCAGAUUGGUCAUUUCUCUGUUCCCAUCCUCUUAAGGGGUCCUGAUUACUUCGCCAACCUCUGGGCCAUCUUCCAGAGGGGUCCGGUUGCCAUUUUCCCUAUCGUCCUCCAGAGAGGUCCUCCAAGGGGUUCACAUCUCUGACUUCCAGAGCAGUCCUGCAUAUGUCGCAGACCUCCAGGUUGUCCUCCAUAGUGGCUCUUGGUCACCCUCCAAAUCUGCUCUGCCCUUCAGUCCUGUAUCCUGCUCAUACUCAAGUACUGCUCCACCUAUCGACUCUGAUCCAGUCACCCCCAGUCUUGUUCUCGUGGGGCAGCUGGGUGCAUCCCUUCUGCAAGCUAUAUUCAGUGACAAGAAAUCCUGUCUGACCAAAGAUGGCGCCACACUCAGUUCUGGAGCCAGUACAUCAAUACUUCCUUCCUACCCUUCAGCCAAGGCAGACAUGGUUCACAGCACCCCGAACUUUGCGAUUUCCACCAUCGUCAUGGUAAUUGACUCUCCGCUGCCAGGGUCCUUUGUGUCCUAGGAAUGGUCAUUUGUCUCCAACCGGGUCCAAAUGAUAAAGUUCUUGAAGCAGAGGUCAACAUUACAGAGAGGCCCUAUGACUGCCCUGUUUACAAACAGACUGCAUUA